GUUUUCAACACAACACAAUGGAUAAUCAUAUGGAUAAGAACGAUGAGGAUAAGAGGUCGUCAUCUCCGGAUUCUCAACAUCAAGUUAUAAUAAACAUGCCACAUGGUCGUGUUGUGUAUCUUCAAGAUGCGAAUUUGGACGCCACAGAGACGGACCUACAGGAGCAUCUAUCGAUUGCAGAUCGGAUGGAGAACAAUCGGGUGACUUCUGAGCUGGAUGAUGAGCCCAGCACAAGUGCUCAGUUCGCAAUUAAGGGCCAGAAAUCGAAAGAGGAUCAGGGUCUCCAGACCAAGACAGGGAUUUCAAAAACGCCGGGAUCCCCUAAGCAGUUGCAUAAUGUACUGGAAGUAAUCUGUCGCUUCUCACGCGAUAUCCCUGAUGCAAUGGAGGGCAGGGAGCAACCCCAACCGGCAGUGAUUGUCCAAAUACCACAGUAUCGCGAAUUAGGAACCCAGACCGCUGAGUUGCCAUCCCGGUCGCAGCGAUUGCGUUUGGAUCUGACCGACCUGAGACCAGAUCCAAAUCCACCGCCCUGCGAACGCACGCAUCACACAUUCACGAUCAGUGGCAACAAUCUGCCGGGCAAUCCUCGCCAGCUUCGUCAAACGAUCUGCGCGCGAAUUGGACGCUCCAUCUGUGAUUUUGUGGCAGCCUUUUGUCUUUGUCUGCAGGUGAACAAGGAUUGUGUCUUCUGUCUGGGAUUCUUUGUGGCCUUUGUGAUCAGUGCCAGCUUCCUGACUGCCUUCUUCUACCGCACCCUCAGCUUCUCCUCGUCGCCGGUGCGAGUGGUUGCAAAUCCGGUGAGCGGCACCAUGCGCUAUGAACUUGCCACGCUGCGAUUCAACGGAGGGUACUACUACAUCUAUAAUAGCAGCCAACAAAAGCUUCUCUAAUCUAAUUGGAAUUUGAGUUUUAUUUUGGUGCGGGUUCUCUAGCUUACUUCUUAAAUGUGUGAUAUAAUGUUCUGUUAAAAAUAGUGAUCAAAUUCUUAUUGAAUUUGUACAACCUUGUAUUAUAGUCCAAUUUUAAAAAGAAAAAGAAAUAUAUUCGUUGGGGUAUAUUCUUGAUCAGGAUCUCAAGCCGAAUUGAUCUAGCCAUUCGUAUGAACGAUACAUUUUCUGUUUAUUUUUAAGCUGCCUCAAACAAAGUCGGGUUGCGAAACUUUGGAAAUGCAAGCAAACCGCAUGACCAGGUUCAAUCAAUGGUCUUUCAGCAGUUUUACUGGUUGUCAUGGACUCCAAAGUUUGCAGUUCGCUUACGCCGCUGCCGCAAUGGUAGUGCCUUUCUUCGCCAACUUUUUUUUUUUUUUUUUUUUUUUUGAGUUUAACUUUAGACAAAAGUCGCUCUGUAUAGCGGGUGGCAGAAUGGUGCAUGAGUGGAUGGAGCGAGGAUAGACCUUGUCCGGCUUGACUUGACUUGACAAUGGGUCACACAAAAAGUCGGCCUUUGGGUACGGGAAAUUGGCCACAAAACGUUCGUCGCCUGCUGUGCCAGGAGCAGGGCGGUCGCCAACUUUUUGGCAAGAUGCCCGGGCACAAAGGAAUUAUUGUUAAUAUAGGCAAUGCCAGCCAGGCCCGGCCAAAACGAAGACCAGCAGGCCGGGGGGGCAGGCAUUGACCGGGGGGAUGUCUUUUCAAUAUAAUUUAUUUAUGCGAAAUAUGGCAAAUAUUCUUUGGAAAUUGUAUGCCCAAAUAAAUAACGAACAUUUUAUACACUUCUCAAAGAGAUUUUUUCGGCAUUUCAUUUGCUAGCUUUUUUUCAUAAUAUAAUUUAGGCAGAGAGGAAUUAGCAAUAUCUUUGUAGUUACGGU